GUGGCUGCGGGCAGCGGCGGUGGCGGCGGCGGCGGCUGCGGGGUCGGCGUCGCGCCUGGGGCCAGGCCGCAGCGAGUUCGCAGCAGGAGCGCCCGCGGGCAGCGCCCCCCACGCGAGGUGACCCCUUCGGAGGGACCGCACCCCCGCCCCGCACCUCCGCGUCCCCGCAGGGCGACAGCCCCUCCCCGCGCCCCAAGAGGCUCUCUGCCAAGAUGGCAUCAGCUGGAGACCCCCCCACGGGCCCGCGGGAUGCAGCAGACCAGAACUUUGACUACAUGUUUAAGCUGCUGCUCAUCGGCAACAGCAGCGUGGGCAAGACGUCCUUCCUGUUCCGCUACGCGGAUGACUCCUUCACACCUGCCUUUGUCAGCACUGUGGGCAUCGACUUCAAGGUCAAGACGGUCUAUCGUCAUGACAAGAGGAUCAAGCUGCAGAUCUGGGACACGGCGGGCCAGGAGCGCUACCGUACAAUCACCACCGCCUACUACCGCGGAGCCAUGGGCUUCCUGCUGAUGUAUGAUGUUGCCAACCAGGAAUCCUUCGCCGCCGUGCAGGACUGGGCCACACAGAUCAAGACCUACUCAUGGGACAACGCUCAGGUAAUCCUCGUGGGGAACAAGUGUGACCUGGAAGAUGAGCGUGUCGUGCCUACCGAGGAUGGCCGGAGGCUCGCUGAUGACCUUGGUUUUGAGUUCUUUGAGGCCAGCGCCAAGGAGAACAUCAAUGUGAAGCAGGUCUUUGAGCGCCUUGUGGACAUCAUCUGUGAGAAGAUGAACGAGUCCCUUGAACCCAGCUCCAGCCCGGGGAGCAAUGGGAAGGGCCCAGCCUUGGGGGACACCCCACCCCCCGAGCCCAGCAGCUGCAGCUGCUAGAGGUGGUCCCCAACCCCUGCCCACCCCUUUUGGCCUUGGCAGGGACUGUGACAGAGGCAUGAGCCACAAGGGCUGUUUCCAAGCUCAGGGCACCCCCUUCCCUCCGGUCAGCUGCCCCGACUCCCGCAUGGUCUCCAGCUUGCCCAGGCAGCCUUCUCACAAGCUCCAGACCCUGGGGAUCCUGCACUGCAGGCAGAGUCUGGGGAUGUUGACAUGCACGAGCUUGCUGCUUUUCAGGAAUUUGAAUGGAGGGAACAUGAGCAGCAUGUCCCACCCCGCCUGGUGGAGGGGUGUCCACAGUGCCUUCGGGGUUGAAACUGUUGUCCUCAUCCAUUCUGUUUGGGCAUUGCCUGGUGUUCACGAGCUGGUCAAAGAUGGUUCGUUUUCUUUGUCCUGCGGUGUGGGUCCUCAGAGUUCAUCCCUGGGGAUGUGGAAGGCAACUCCUUUCUCAGGGUCCCCUGGUGUGGUCCCAGGCCCACCCGUGAACCUCCUCAGACCUCAAGCUUCCAAGGCGGGAAGGUGAUUAUAGCCCUUGCAGACCCUUCCCCCCUGGCCUGCAGAUCCCCUGCCUGUGAAAGCAGUAUUAAAGCAGCUUUUCCCAUUGUCAAGGGACAGGAAGUCAGAGACCUGACCCCCACCCAGCUUCAGGGACCCCAGAAGUGCCUUCAGAGCCUCCCCAGUGUUCCACAUCACCCACACCCCUGCCACUGUUUUGCCUUAUCCACUGCAUCUCUGAUCCCUGGAUUGAGUUCUGGACUAUGGUCCGCAUCAGGCUGGGCAGAGAACAUUGCAACUCCUGGCAUUCCCGCUGGGGUCUUUUUGCUAGAAGUUAACCCCAGAGCCAGGAGCCCGGGCCCUCCCGCCCAUAUCUGCCUCUCCCAGGCCCCAUUUAGCUGGUGAUGUUUUAAGCAAGAUCUUUCCACAUCUUAUAUCCUGCUAGAAAAGGAAAUUGAGCAAUAUUCCAGUCUCCUGCUCUUGCUGGCGACUUGCCGCUAGAAGGACUAGGCUCCUCCCAUUCAAGAGCCCUUGAAGACCCAGAGUCCCGUUUCCUGAGCCAAGUCAUUGGUGGGACCCAGGGAGGUGAUGUCUCCUCCUAAUAGAGGAGUCACUCUCAGGGAGGCUUUAGGGUUGGGCUGAAGGGGCAAGAAAGCAGAAUUGGGUAAUUGCUGUUGCCACAUGCCUUUCACUGACACAGCCUGGGAGUGGCAGGCUGAUGGGGAUACACCGGGACUCAGUCCCCGGUUGACACACAUCUGGGAGGCCACAAGGCUGCGGUGCCCAGCUGGCAGGGGCUCCUACUGGGAGGUUAUGUGCAGUUUGGGGAGCUCUGUCUUGAUCUCCACCCCCCACUGCAGCUCAGUGCCCUUCCUGCCCACCAAAGUCCAAACUCCAGUGGCAUGGGGCACCUGUUUCUGCCCCAUAACACCAACUAACAUCCCAUAACACGACAAACACGGGGAAGAUGGUCUAAACAGAUGGUUUGUGCUCCACUCCCAGCCCCUGCCACCAAAAUGACUUGCUAUAGCCUUAAAGAGCUCAGCCUCCUCCUUCUGAAGGGAGGAAGACCUGGUUCAAGUUUUAUUUCACUUUUACCAUUAUAGAAGCUCUAGAUUGGAUUCUUUUCUAGACAGGCCCCGUUCACCCCUUACCAAGGGCUGCCCUUAGAGCUUCAAAGGGAGCGUAUCUUUGCAAGCCAACAAAUCAUGUGACUGGUCAAAUGGACAAGUUUCUGGGAACACAAGGAGUUUGAGGGAAUGUUUGGGGCAGGAGUCAAAACUGUUAGUUGCUUUAACAUAAAAGAUUAAAGCAGCCAUUAAGAAAAACAACAAGUCUGUUAAGAUGUACUGUGGGCCAUCAAGAUUCUGUUGGCCAGUCCAUUUUUCUUAAACUGUUUGCUAGGAAAAAAAAAAAAAAAAAAAGAUGGACCAAAGUGCCCUUACCUAAGGGACAAGCCAACCUGUCAUAGCCCACCUGAUAAAAAACAGCUUUGGCUGUGUCUUGUGCCUGACAUGAAGUGAGCCUUGUGUCUACACGUGAUUUUUGAACACUUGAGCUUUAAGUAGCAACUGAGACAGCUAGCUGCCUCUGGGUUUUCUCAAAAUUAGGAAUAAUGUAGGAGAGGGUUUUUUUGGGUUUCUUCUAAAAAUAAUGCAGGUUUUUAUUGUAUAAUUUUGGGUGGGAGGCUUCACUCACGAUGGAACCCAAACCAAUGUCCUGGAAGAUCAUGGGGGUGGGGGGGUGGGGGGGGGAUGGACAUAUGUUGAGUUUACAAACAGCAAUGAAGCCAAAGCUUGGGGGUGGGGGUGAGAUUUCUCAACUCCUGGGAGAUUGGGGUCUGGAGAGGUGGCCUGAGGCUGGGUCCUGAAUUCUUACCAUUUGCUUUAAGCAGCUGGUCUCUCCACUGCCACGAUUGGGAUUUAGGGUUCUGCUUUUUCCUUUUCUUCUUUGGCUUCCCCAGGGUUCAUGUUCUUUUGUUUUUCUCCUACUCCACUCCAAAAGGCGAGUAAGGGGUGAAAUUUGGUCUCAGUGUUGAAGCGCUAAUUCCACGAACCGGCUUCUCCCCUAUGAUCCCAAAACACUACGGAGUGAGCUUCUCGAUUUGGUCAUUUAUAUACUGGAUGCGGUUCUCCUGUGUAAGCGAUUCCUUGAUGUCCACUCAGAAAGACGAGCACUUUUAUCCAUAAGAGAAAAUAAAAGCUGUUAUGCCCAGA